GACUAACUGUAGUGUGAAUAUACAACCUGAGUGACACGCACACACACGCACGCACACAAACACGCACACGGUCCUGCUGUGACGGUGGACUCAGGAGGAAGCUGCUGCUCACUUAGUGGCGAAGAAAAUGGAUUUAAAAGCCUGCAUAGAGCAAAUGGAGACGGGAGAGCAGGACGCUGCUUUAACGGCUCUACAGAGCUACAACACGGAGAUGAACCACUGCUUCACAUUCAGCAAGGAGGACGAGCGGGACAGAGAGCUUCUGGGAGGAUUGGUUCUCGGUUUCCUGACCAGAGAGCUCCAGCCUUCCUGUCAGCUGGCCUGUCUAGAAACGGUUCGAAUCCUGUCCAGAGACAAACAUUGCCUGGAGCCAUUCAUCAGCCGCUCUGCCAUGUCCAUUCUCGCCCGCUACGCCGGCUUUGCCGUUGUCACUGCUGCCACACCUGCCCAAGUUGAGGGCGAGGACGGAGAGGUGGAACAGGCCGAAGAGGUACCCACCGAGGAGGUGAAGGAAGCUUCCUCUCCUUCAGAGAACUCUGACCAGGAAGUGAUUGUUGAGUCUCUCAAGUCCAUCUCUAACAUCCUGCUACACAACGAGACAGGACAGGCUGUAGCAGCAGAUCUACAGCUGAUAAAGGGUGUGGCCGAGAGGCUAAAGCAGUGCCAUGAUCCCACCUGGAUCCAUGAGGUGCGUUUCUUUGACCUCCGCAUCACCUUCCUGCUGACUGCUCUGAAAAUGGACGUCAGGGCGCAGCUGGUUCAGGAGCUUCACGGCCUCAGUCUGCUAGGCAACCAGUUGGAUGCCACACUGGGUGUGUGUUGGCCAGAUACAUUGGAGACGGCCAGGGCAGGGUUAGAGGACGUCCCACCUGAACAACUGCCCCCUCUGAGCCGCCAGCAGAUAGAACUGGCCAUGGAAAUACUGAAAAUACUGUUCAAUGUCACAUUCGACACAGCCAGGCGUAAGGUCGACGAGGAAGAGGCAGCAGAGUACAGACAUCUGGGAGCCAUACUGAGACACUGUCUAAUGAGCCAUGCAGAUGAAGAGGAGCGGACUGAGGAGUUCCACAGUCACACUGUUCACUUGCUAGGUAACCUUCCUCUGCUCUGUUUGGAUGUACUGUUGAUCCCCAAAGUGCAAGAAGGCUCCGUUGAGUACAUGGGGGUCAACAUGGAUGCUGUCAGCAUGCUGCUGGGAUACAUGGAGAAAACCCUUGACCGGGGACAUAAGCUGAAGGAAACCCUUAUCCCAUCACUGACCUUGCUGACUGAGAGUGCCCGAGUCCACCGAGAGACCAGAAAGUUCCUCAGGUCAAAGGUGCUGCCUCCGCUGCGUGAUGUGAAGAACAAGCCAGAGGUGGGCAGUGCUCUGAGGAACAAACUGGUGCGUAUUAUGACGUGCAUUGACACUGACGUCAAGGACUGUGCUGCCGAGUUCCUCUUUGUUCUCUGCAAAGAAAGUGUUUCUAGGUUCAUUAAGUACACUGGAUACGGUAAUGCCGCAGGUCUGCUGGCUGCCAGAGGACUGCUCAGGGGGGGCAGAGACUCUGGGAUCUACUCUGAGGAUGAAGAGUCUGACACAGAGGAGUACAGAGAGGCCAAGGCCCAUAUAAACCCAAUAACAGGAGUUGUACAAGAAGAACAGCCCAACCCCAUGGAGGGAAUGACAGAGGAACAGAAAGAACUUGAAGCCAUGAAGCUGGUCUACAUGUUUGACAAACUGUCCAGGACUAAUUUGAUCCAGCCCAUGCAGCUCGGUAUGGACGGGAAGAUGAGCGAGAUUUCUCCAGAGGAUCUGCAUAAACUGGCCCACAAUCCUUUGUUCCAGCCAGAGGAGCCAGCUAAUUCAGACAGUGAAGAAGAGGCUUAGUAAACGCAGAGGCAUGGAGGCAGAGGCAGAGUCCAUUCCUGUGAGAUCACUUCGGUCUCAUUGUUUUAUUUAUUCCCGUCACACGGUUCAACCUGGUCCCGUUUGCUUAUUCUGAUGGCAGGUGAAUUAUGGAAAGUUGGGCUUUGUUUAGUCACAGUGAAAAUAGAGCCUGCAGUAAUGGGAGGCAGCUUAAAGCUCGUUUUGAUUGACUCCAAAUCACCAUUUAUCAAUGACUACCAUUAGUGCAGUGUGUCUCUUUUCAUUUCAGUUCACUAUCAAACCAACGUGCACAGUAACAACUCCACAGUGUGUCACGGAUAACAUUCAAACAGGUAGUUACACCUCUCUGCACUUUGGUUCUCGACACGCUGUUCCUCAGUCAACUCCAAUAAGCAUCACUCUCAAGAGCCUCCUUCUAGUCAUCGACAGCCUUCAUACAUUCUGAGCAGCACGUGUCAAAAUGUGAUCUUUGAGAUACAAAGAUACAAAAGGGUUGAACUCUAAAAGUAAUCAGUACUUUAAUAUUAAUUACGUUAAUUCCAAAGUAUAGGUUUCUUGAUUGAUCUCUUCUAAAAUGUAAACGUUUAUUUUCUUUCUUUCUUGUCAAAUGUUACUUAAAAGAUAUACUUCAUAAGGGAUUGUCCCUCAAUUGUGCUCCUUUUAGAGUAAGACACUCUUACCGUUAGGGCUGUACCGAAUAGCUGGGAGCUUCAUCACUUUGACAUUUUAAUUCUAAAUUAAUAUUCAAAUUGCAGAUGAAUAUUAGCAGUUGAUUGUUUAUUUUAUUUUAUUACAUUUAGUCAAAUGUAAGUUUGUUACUAACUCAUCUGAUCCAAGUAUUUACAACAAUAUAAUAAAAUACACACACACACACACUAUGCUGUGGCCAGUUGUUUGACCAUUGCUGGCUCCAGAACGAAUCAGAGCAUGAAACGAUAUCAGACCCAGAGAGUUUGGAUCUGAUUGGUUGAGGCUGUGAGGGCACAAAGCUUUGAAAUGGGAGUAUCUUUCCAGAAACAACAUCGGAUUGGCUGUUACUCAGGAUCAUCCGCUGUUUGCAUUUUAGAAUUGUUCGCAGCAAAUAAAAAACAGUUUAGUGUUCAAAGUGAAAACUAUUCUCUGCCUCUGUCUUUUACAAUGUGUUGGAGUCUUAAGAUGUGUGUCAGUUUGUGACAAUGGAUGAACUGUAUUUUUGGAUUCUAGAUGCCUGUUGUUAUACAUAAAUAUGUUUUAUUUUUAGAAGUAUAAUGGACCUGUACUUAUAUUUCUUUUUUCUAGUCUUCCGACCACUCAAAGCGCUUUAACACUACAUGACAUCAUUCACACAUUCACACACUGAUGGGAGGAGCUAAGGAUCCACCUGUCCAUCAGCAGUAACUAACAUUCACACACUGAUGGGAGGAGCUAAGGAUCCACCUGUCCAUCAGCAGUAACUAACAUUCACACACUGAUGGGAGGAGCUAAGGUUCCACCUGUCCAUCAGCAGUAACUACCAUUCAUACACUGAUGGGAGGAGCUAAGGAUCCACCUGUCCAUCAGCAGUAACUAACAUUCAUACACUGAUGGGAGGAGCUAAGGAUCCACCUGUCCAUCAGCAGUAACUAACAUUCAUACACUGAUGGGAGGAGCUAAGGAUCCAUCUGUCCAUCAGCAGUAACUAACAUUCACACACUGAUGGGAGGAGCUAAGGAUCCAUCUGUCCAUCAGCAGUAACUAACAUUCACACACAUUACGGGAGCAAUUUUGAAAAUAGUGAAUUGUGAAACUGCAGACAGAUAAGUUAUAAUUCAGUAAAAAGGCAAUCCCUUUAUGCAAAGAUAGAGCAAAGAGAAGCUGAAACAUGUUAUGUCAAAUAAAUAUUCCUCUAUAUUGUUGUUGUUUAGCUGUCAGCUCUAUCGUGGAGUAUCAUGUAUAUUAAAUGUGUUUAAAUGCC